GUCCCCGAGAGUUUGUGAGCGUCGGUGUGUUUUUUCAGCGGAGAGAGGGAGGCUGAAGAAAAGAAAAGAAAGACGCAGAAGAAGAGAAGUAUUCUCCAGGUCGGUUUGGUUUUUCUGAAAGAAACAGAACAACAGGAGAAAGAGGAGAAGAAGAAGAAGAAGGAGGAGAAGAAGAAGAAGAAGGAGGAGGAGAAGAAGAAGAAGAAGAAGAAGAAGAAGAAGAAGAAGAAGAAAAGAGAGAAAACAGAGUUAAAGAAAAGAGUUUUUCUGUUUCUGGGAUUUUUUUUUACUUUUUUUUACUGUGGGAGGAGAGACAGACACAGACAGACAGACAGACAGGAGGAGAGACAGACAGACAGACAGACAGGAGGAGAGACAGACAGUUCGUUUUAAUCUUCCAGCUGUGACUGAUUUUGAUCAGGCAGUGAGACAGUCAACAUCUGUCUGUCUCUCUCUCUGUCUGUCUGAGUCCCGGAGGACGGAGGAUGUCACCGGGGUGUGUCACCGCCCUCAGCCGGACUUGCGGCUCCUCCGGCGGCAACAUAGAGCUCUGACAGCCCGCUGAGGGAGAACCAGGACCAGGACUGUAUUUAGAUGUGGAUCAGUUAACCCGGGUCAGGACAGUGGAGUGACAGUAAAGUGGGUUCAGGAUGUCCUCGGAGCUGGCUCUGGGUCUGGUCUUCAGGGUUCUGCUGCCCCUCAGUCUGACUGCAGCGUGUGUGUUGCGGUUUAAUGGAUUCUCUCUGGUCUACGCCGUCCUGCUGCUGCUGCUGCCGCUGCUGCCCGACCCCUCCCCCACCACAGGUAACACAGGUCGGUGUGUGAUGGCGGUGUGUGUCUCCAGUUUCCUCUUCCUGUUACUUCAAUCCUUCUUCCAGCUGACUACAGCAACACUGCAGCCUGAGUACAACUGUACGUCGUGGCAGAAAGCUCUUGGUCAGCUCGGCCUGGUGAGUCUGACAGGAAGUGAUGCGGGCUCUGCAGUGAGACAGGUGUUUCCAGAUGUCGGUGUGUUGUUCAUCAGUCUGCUGACCUGGAGGCUGAUCGUAAGACUGAACGCAGACACACACACACAGCCUCAGCAGGAGGAGACACAGCAGCAGGAGGAGGAGGAGCAUCCAGGGGAAGAGCUGAUGUUUGAGGGGGACUCUGUGCUCGGAGGGGAGGAGGGAGAGGAGGAGGAGGAGGAAGGCAGCAAAAACAGGGUCCUGGUUGAACUGGAGUCACUGGUUUGUAAAACCAGACAGAUGAUUGGAAACAUAUCAACGACCGGAGGAAAAGUCCUGCUGACGGCUCUGCUCGGACUCACAGGUAUCAUGUUCCCCUCCCUCUCCUCCCUCCCCUACCUGCUCUGUUUCCAGGUGUUGUGUACCUGGUGGGCGUGGUCAGGUCAGGUCCCGCCCCUCCUCUUCAGGUGUGUGUCUGUGAUGUCACUGUUCUACCCCUCUUCCCACUUCCUGCUCCUCUACUGCUACCAGCUGCCCUCACUGCAGGAGGCGUGGCCUCCCAACUGCACCUCCACCAGUGUGUUUGGCCUAGUGGCAGUGGUGGCAGUGGACUGCGGUGCCCCCUGGAGGCUGCAGGUGAACUCAGAGCUCAGCUGGUUUCACUUCAUCAGUCCACUGAUGCUGUUGCUGCUCUACUACACUGUGGCCAGUCUGUGGAGGAACCAGCUGAUCGACAGCGACGGUGUUCGGGGUGGAGAGAGGGCGGAAUCGGCGGUCAGCGGGAGCUGUGACAUCAUCACCUCCACCAGCAACCUAAGUGAUGAGGUCAGCGCUGACAUCACAGUGGAGAGACGGAGGGAGCUGUGGAGGAGAGCUCACGAUCGGCCCGAGUGCAGAGAUGUGCUGCUGUCAUCGACCAAUGACAGCCCCUCUGAGUCUUUUGCCCCGCCCACACAGAGCACUGCCCUGGGAUUGGAUGUUUACUCUACGCCUCACUACUCUCUCAGCCAAUCAGACACGUUGGAGACCUGCAUUUUUGAGGGAGAUGGAUGGGAGGAGAGGGAGGGGGAGGAGGAGGAGGGAGAGGUGGACGUGAGGGGUGAGGAGGGGGGAGUCAGCGCCGCUUCCAUGGCCUUCAGCUUCCUCCUCAAACAGAGCUACAUCUGCGCUCUGAUCUCCAUGAUGGCCUGGUCCAUCACCUACGUGUCCUGGCUCACCUGUGUCCUGCUGCUCUGGUCAUGUGUCCUCUGGAUGAUGCGAGAGCGCCGCCGCUACACGCUGAUGUCAUCGCCCUGGCUGGUCGCCUACGGCAACCUGCUUGUCAUCCUGCAGUAUGUCUACAGCUUUCCCUCCAUACAGGAAGUGCCCGGACUGUUCCCCAGGAAAGACGACCCCUGCAGGGAGCUCGCCUCUAAGUUGCUGUGUCUUCUGACCUUCUGGCUGCUGCUGCGUCAGGCGCUGACUGAGAAGAGAGACAGACAGACACACACACACCUGUCUACCAUCACUGUCCGCAUAGAAGAGGACCAGAGAGCAGAUCAGGAUCAGCACCAGAAGAAGAAGGACGUGUCAUAUGAGGAGGUGCUGCUCCUGGGAGGAGGAGGAGGAGGAGUUCAGAUGGAGGCUCUGGUUGCCGUGGUAACCAGGAUGUUUGUUAAAUACUGGAUCUAUGUCUGUGGAACAAUGUUUUUCUUCGUCAGCUUUGAGGGGAAAAUCGUCCUCUACAAGGUCAUUUACAUGGUGAUGUUCCUCUGCUGCGUUGCUCUGUACCAGUUGAACUACGAGCGUUGGCGUGCCUUGCUCAGGGGUUUCUGGGUAGCUGUGGUGGUUUACUCCAUGCUGGUUCUGAUCCUGGUCUACACCUUCCAGUUCCCUUCGUCCCCCCACACCUGGAGUUACUACACUGGACUCAGCACCCACAGGUUGGAGGACGUUGGUCUGGAGAAGUUCUCAGUUCCUGUUCUCUUCACCAGGAUCUUCAUCCCUGCAGCGUUUUUACUGGUGUGUAUUGUUCACCUUCAUUAUUUCCACGAGCCGUUCCUACAGCUGACUGACCUGAAGACUGUGGUGGACACACACAACAGCACCAUCACGAGGUUGGUCCACUCUGAUGGCAGCCUUGUUGACCUGUCGGUGGGCGGAGCUCCUCAGCUCCUCCUGGAGGAGGAGAAGAGAGGAGGUCAGAGGGAGAGAGAGGAGGAGACAGAGGAGAAGUGGAUAAAGACAGGAGGAGAAGAGGAGGAGGAGGAGGAGUACCCCUGUGUGUUUGACAGGGAAACCCUGUCUGACCACAUCACAGUGCUGGUCUCCUGGAGGUUGGUGGUGGAUCGUCUCUCUGUGCUGUUCCUGCGCCUCCUCCUCUCCCUGCAGCGGCUGCAGCGCCUCCUCUGGUGGCUCUUGGAACUGCACAUCGUGAAGAUCGUCUCCUCCUACAUCAUCUGGGUCUCUGUGAAGGAGGUGUGUGUGUUUAACCUGCUGUUCGUGCUGUGUGUGGGUGUGGCUCUGCCCUGCAGGGCAUGGCGCCCCCUGCUGUCAGGAGUUUGUACAGUCUGGACCUGUGUGGUGACGGUCUGUAAAAUGUUGUACCAACUCAACGUCGUCCAGCCAAUCAGAUACUCCUCCAACUGUACCAUGCCAGAUAACUCCAGCACCGACCUGUCUCGCUCGGUUCUUUACGCUGGUCCAGUUGACCCCGCGCAGUGGGUGGGGCUUCGCAAGACUGAUGGAAAACUGCUGGACUACCUGAGAUAUAACCUGAUGAUGUUAGCACUGUUAGCGUUCGAGGUCACAGUUUACCGACACCAGGAGCUCUACCGCCUCCGCCAUAACAAAGUCCCACCCCCUACCAGAACGCUGUUUCAUGACAUCACCAGGCGUCACCUGGACGACAGCGUGCUGAGCUGUGUUAAAUACUUCCUCAACUACUUCUUCUACAAGUUUGGACUGGAGACCUGCUUCCUGUUGGCCGUGAAUGUGAUUGGUCAGCGGAUGGAUCUGUUCGCUGUAGGCCAUGCUUUUGGUCUCAUCACCGUCCUGUCACAUCGCAGCAGGAAGUGCAUCGCCUCAGUGUGGCCCAAGUACUGCUACUUCCUGUCAGGGUUGUUGUGUUUUCAGUAUGUGCUGUGCAUCGGGUUCCCUCCUGCUGCCUGUAAAGAUUAUCCGUGGAGACCUCCGUCCUCCAACAUGGACUCCAAUGUGGUGAAAUGGCUCUUCCUCCCUGAUUACCUGACACCACCGAACCCCCUCUUCCUCCUCUAUGACUUCCUGCUCCUCCUCGGGGCGUCGCUGCAGCUGCAGGUGUUUGAGGAGGAGCUUCAGGCGUCUGUUCAGAUCCUCGCAGGAGACAACAGUGAGCUGGACGGAGAUGACGGACAGAUCUGUGAUCUGAUCCAACGACUCCGCCUCAACACCGUCCCCGACUUCAUGCUGUGCAGGUCUUACCUGGACAUGAUGAAGGUCAUCAUCUUCAGCUACAUGUUCUGGUUUGUCCUCACCAUCAUCUUCAUCACCGGGACCACCAGGAUCAGUAUCUUCUGUAUGGGUUACCUGGUCGCCUGUUUCUACUUCCUGUUGGUGGGCGGAGAGCUGCUGCUUAAACCAGUGAAAUCCAUCCUGGUGUACUGGGACUGUCUGAUUGGCUACAACGUGUUCGUCAUCACGAUGAAGAAUAUUCUGUCGAUCCUGGCCUGUGGUUUCAUUAAGUCGUUGGUGUUGAAUCAUUGUUGGUUGAUUCAGCUCUUCAGUCUGGCCUGCACCAUCAAAGGAUACACCAAACCGGAGCAGCAGAGCAGUAAACAGUGUGAGCUGCCGAGCGACGAGGCCGGGAUCAUCUGGGACGGCGUCUGUUUCUGUUUCCUGUUGUUGCAGAGGAGAGUCUUCAGGAGUCACUACUUCCUGUACGUGGUCCUGGACCUGCAAACCACACAGCUCCUGGCCUCCAGGGGGGCGGAGCUCUUUGAGGCGUCCACAGUAAAGGCUGUCAGAGCAAGACUGGAGGUGGAGAAGACGUCCAUGGACCUGCUGAAGAGACAGAUGGAGAGGAUUAAAUCUCGACAGCAGAAGUUUCGCAGAGGAAAAGAGAAAAUGUUGAGUUUGACCCAAGACAACUUCCACACCGACGGUCAGGAAAACAAGAAGGGCCAGCGACAGAAGGAGUGGUGGAGACCCUGGGUAAACCACGCCUCCAUGGUGAGGAGUGGUGACUACUACCUGUUCGAGACAGACAGUGAGGAGGAGGAGGAGGAGAAGAAGGAGGAGGAGGAGAAGAAGGAGGAGCAGGACCUUCCUGAGAAAUCAGCCUUCCAGUUUGUCUACCACGCCUGGAUAACAGACUCCAGAACAGCAAUGAGAGCUCGAAACAACCAGAAGAAACUCUGGAAGAAGAAUUCCUCUGAACGAAGGAGCAGGAGGGAGGAGAAGAAAGGAGCAGCUGGAGUCAUAGAGGUGAUGGAGGAGGUGGAGGAAGAUGGAGAGGAGGAGGAGGAGGAGGAGGAGAAAGAGGAGGGACCAGACACUGUGUUGCAUCGGUUCUCCAACACUCUGCGGUUCUGUUGGGUUCUGCUGUCUGCUCUGCUGGACUCUCUCACUGCCUGGCUCAGCGGUUUGUGUCAGGAACACAUCGACAUCUCCACUGUCCUCCGCAUUGAGCGCUGCAUGCUAACACAGCAGGCUAAACAGGGUAAUCUGCCCACCAGAGAGGCAAUCAACGUUUACUACCAAGAGCAGAUGAUGAAAACAUCCAGAGAGUCAGGUCUGGACUACAGUACCUAUGAGGCUGAUGGGCAGGCCUCAGCAGCUAGAGAAAGGGAGGAGGAAGACGGAGAAGAGGGAGUAAGUCCGGAUACAGAUGAAGAAGCAGGAGGUCAAACAGCAGAUGUGAAACCAGAGCCAGGAGCAGAUGGUCCAGCAGAUCCACAUACUGAAGGAGGAGCAGUAUUAGAAAGAGGUUGUGUAUGUGAAGUAAAACCAGAAAAUGUUCCAGGAAGAGAUCCACCUGGAACAGAUACAGACUCAGAGACAGCAGACGGUCCAGCUUCAGGAGCUGAGCCAGAGGCAGGACCAGCAGAAGGUGACCCAGCAGUGGAAGUUAAAAAUGAAGAUCUCCCAGAAUGCACGGUGGCUAAAACCAGCCAAAGAUCACGACCCAAACUGUCCAGGAUGGAGAGAGUCCAGUCUUCAUCUUCUUUAUCUUCAGAGGAAGAAAAGAUCGGUCAGACUUACAGGUCAGUCCUGAAGCCACAUCAUAAAUUACCUCUGUCAGUCUGUGCGCCUCUUGCCCCGCCUCCCCCUCCUCUGCUCUCCUCCCACCCUCAUACAGCCUUGCUUUGGGGCUGGACCUUCAGGAGGAGGAGGAGGAGGCAGAGGAGCUGCCUCCACUUACUGUCCACUGGCAUCUCGCACUCAGGAGCUGACUGCGAGCGAGCUGCUGAGGAACAGGUGAGGACAGGUGAGUCACAGAGAUCAGUCACCUGUCACCUGCUGAUGCUUCACACGCUGCCUUUCUGUGUUUUAGGACUUUCUAUCGACGAGGAGCUGGAGGCAUCAGAUCAUUUCUAUGGUAACCAGCCACAGCUGCUCCAGCUGUGCUACGCCCUCUACAACAUCCUUGCAGCCAGGUCAGAGACAGUGUGUUAUCUCGUCAUCGUGUUGAACCACAUGGUGUCGGCCAGUUGUCUGACACUGGUACUUCCUGUUCUGGUGUUUCUCUGGGCAACACUGUCCGUCCCUCGACCCAGUAAGACGUUCUGGAUGACGGCCAUCAUCUACACCGAGGUUACCAUCGUCAUCAAGUAUUUCUUCCAGUUUGGUUUCUUCCCAUUCAACCAGAAGCUGGAGGUGGAUCGAUCCAAACCAUUCCACCCCCCAAACAUCCUGGGGGUGGAGAAGAAGGAAGGCUAUGUCCUGUACGACCUGCUGCAGCUGCUCACUUUAUUCUACCACAGAGCCACACUCAAGUGCCAUGGACUCUGGGACCAGACUGUUACCACGGAUGCUGAUGCUGUCCAUCACCAUGACAACCAGGCCAGCUGCACUGACGCUGCCACCUCCAUCGAUGUGGCCGACCCUACCAACACACUGCGACGACGAGGCAGGAGACGGACACGGUCCAGCUCCACCCAGCUGCGCUCUCCUGCAGGCAGUGUGAGCUCCAGACCUCAGCAGCCUGGCAGGUUUGAUCUGCUGUUGGAGAAACUCAGAGAACUUUCCAUUAGAGCCAAGAAGUACUCUGUUAGCAGGUGUAUGUCUGUUUACCAUCCAGUCUGUCAGUUCUUCAGAGCUCUUAUCCAACCAGAGUACAGCGCCGUCACCGAUGUUUACGUCCUCAUGUUCCUUGCCGACACUGUCGACUUCAUCAUCAUCGUCUUUGGCUUCUGGGCCUUUGGAAAACACUCUGCAGCUGCUGACAUCACUUCCUCCCUCUCAGAGGAUCAAGUUCCUGAAGCUUUCCUGGUGAUGGUCCUGAUCCAGUUUGGUACCAUGGUGAUAGACAGGGCUCUAUAUUUGAGGAAGACAGUUUUAGGGAAGCUGGUUUUCCAGGUGAUUUUGGUGUUUGGGAUUCACUUCUGGAUGUUCUUUAUCCUACCAACAGUCACUGAGAGGCGUUUCAAUCAGAACCUGGUGGCUCAGCUCUGGUACUUUGUGAAGUGCGUUUACUUCGGACUGUCUGCCUAUCAGAUCCGUUCUGGUUACCCAACACGAGUUCUGGGAAACUUCCUGACAAAGAGCCACAACUACCUCAACUUGUUCCUGUUCCAGGGUUUCCGUCUGGUUCCCUUCCUGACGGAGCUGAGGGCAGUGAUGGACUGGGUGUGGACUGACACCACCCUGUCUCUGUCCUCAUGGAUCUGUGUCGAGGACGUCUACGCCCACUGCUUCGUCUUAAAGUGUUGGAGGGAGUCGGAGAAGAGAUACCCUCAGCCUCGGGGUCAGAAGAAGAAGCGGGUGGUGAAGUACGGGAUGGGCGGUCUGAUCGUUCUGUUAUUGAUCUGUAUUGUCUGGUUUCCGCUGCUCUUCAUGUCGCUCAUAAAAUCUGUCGCUGGAGUCGUCAACCGACCGCUCGACGUCUCUCUGACCAUCACACUAGGGGGUUUUCAGCCGAUCUUUACGAUGAGUGCACAGCAGAAUCAGCUCAAAGAUCUGACUGGGAACGACUUCAACUCCUUCGUCAGCUCCUACAGUUACACACCUAGUGCCUUGCAGUUCCUGGAGGCGUAUGGUCACGAAGAUGUGACAGUGGCAGAACUACAGGGCAGCAGUAACUCUCUGUGGACCAUCAGUCCUCCCAGCAGGCAGUACCUGAGCCAGGUGCUGAACCUGGACCACUUCCCCCUCACCGUGUCCUGGACUGUUCAGAGGAACCUGAGUCUGGGAGCGAAGGCAGAGCUUGCUUCAGGUAAACAUGUGACUUACCUGGAUGACCAGACUCGUCUGGAGCUGAUCGAGCUGCUGAACGGGACCAGGACACUUCCUGUGGUCAUACAGGAAGUGUUUCCAUGUUUCAUCCGAGCUCCGAGUGACUCCAAUGCCAAACCCAUCGAACAGCUUUACCCAGAUGACCGCUACAAGGACAUCCUGCUGGCUCUGGAGAGGUCAACCAAUCAGAGCAGAGAGAUCCAGGAGUGGUGGAUCGUUGACCAACCGAUUGGCAGCCUAGUGCCAGUGGGGGGCGGAGCGUCUCUGAGUGACAGGAGGGAGGCGGGGCUUCAGCUGUUUGUGUUCAGUGAUAAAGUCAGUCCUCCGAGUCUGGGCUUCCUGGCAGGAUACGGCAUCAUGGGAUUGUACGCAUCGGUGGUGUUGGUGAUUGGGAAGUUUGUCAGAGAGUUCUUCAGUGGGAUCAGUCACUCCAUCAUGUUCGAGGAGCUGCCCUGUGUCGACCGCAUCCUCAAACUCUGCACCGACAUCUUCCUGGUGAGAGAGACAGGUGAGCUGGAGUUGGAGGAGGAGCUUUACGCCAAGCUGAUCUUCCUGUAUCGAUCACCAGAGACUCUGAUCAAAUGGACGCGACGCUGAUCGACCUCAUUGAUCGUAAACACUGAUUAUUGGCUGAUCACAGACCUGGACGUUGUCAGCUGAAGCUGAACAUGUGGAUCCUUCAGUGUUCUUUAAAUGUUACAGAGGGAACCUCCAGGGAGCGUCCAGACGUUCUCCAGAUGUUCUCAUGAAGAACAAAGGAACAGUCAGAAGUUAAAGAACCAGACUGGAACUUAAAUGUUUACAGAACAUCGUUUAAAGGUUUCAACAAAGUGAACUUUUGAGAGAACUUAACUGGAACUCUACUGGAACUUUACCUGUUCACCAGGUGACCAAUAGGAGCAGCCAGGGGGCGGAGCUAACCCUGACAACAACCUAAUCAUUCCGAACUGAUCUCAGGACAGUGUCAUGGAAAUAUUAUUGUAUCAAUUAUUGAUGAUUGAUUAUCAACAACUGCAGGGAUAUGUCACAUCCUGGAAAACCUGGAAUUAUUUAAUGUAGCUUUCAAGUCCUGGAAAGGUCCUGGAAAACAAAAAGGGACUGAAACUGCACACAAACUUUAACAAAUCUCAUGUUUUAAGAAGUAAUUUUCCAGGACCUUUUCCAGGACCUUUUCAAUGACUUCAUGUGAGAGGACUUGUCUGUAAACACUGUCGAGUCUGCUCAGCUGUUUCCACUUAUUUUUACUUAAAACUUCACAGAACAAAACUUUAUUUUAGCUCACGUUAGCUCAUGUUAGCUCAUGUUAGCUCAUGUUAGUUCUGCUUUAGCUUUAGCUGAAACAGCCUUUAGCACAACAUCAGCUCUGUUCUCUGUUCAUGGCAGGUGGUCUCAGGUUAGUCCAGGUUGUGAUGCAUUCACAGCUUAAACCAGAACUCAGUCCUGUAACCUGAACGUCUCUGACUCUGAUUCAUCUCCACACCAGGUCUCUGUCAGGUCCACGUCACACCUGUGCUCAGGUAGAAGCUGAGUAAAGCUAACUCCAUCAUUCAGAGGAAAAUAAGUGAAAACAGCUGCUGGGUCAGGACAUGACACUGGAACCACAGAGAAUAUUGAGAAACAGGAAGUCAAACUAACUUUCAGAAUAAAUUAGAUUCAAAUGGUUUGUUGUUUUAUCUGAUGUUCGUUCAGUGUUUCUGUCAAACUAACGUGAAUCUGUGAAAAUAAAUAAAACUUCUAUUCACCA